AUGGAGAACUAUGUCAAGAUUUAUCCGUUGAGGUUGUACAUCGAACUGAACAUAUUCGAUAACAUUCGUCACAAACUUCGGUGGCUCAGGCUCUUCAACAUCGGUUUAGUUUUCGUUCUAAAAGAGGAGCCCGUCGUUGACUCUAACUUAUCACAGUCUGCCUCUGCCCGUCCAAUCCCAGCUAGGAGAUCUUUGUCGCCGCUCAGAGCUCCAUCCACAUUGCAGUCAAUUAACCAAGGAGGAGAUAACUCGGCUGAUAUUGCGAUAGACCAGCAGCUGGCACACUUCCUUCAGAUCGACUGUGGCGUUCCCCUCACGAAAACGGCGGGCGCUUUCACAGCAUUCGGUAUAUCGGACAUGGAGACAUUCGUCGCCGCUGUUCGAAAGGAGGAUGGCGAGGCUUUUCAGGAUUUCAUUCAGCAGAACGGCGCCCAACACGGUUUGACUCUUUGGGAGAUUUUCAUCUUGAUCCGAGGGGUGAAUAAACUUCGCAUGGACAAUGAUCUCUCUGAGUUCCAGCAACCGGAUCACUGUAUUCGGUACAUUGAACCCGUCGAGGAGGACUCGGCCAUCCAGGUCGACUUGGAGUAUGGCAUGGAUGACAUGGAUGAGCAAGAUCAGGAGUGGCUCGACGCUCUCAGCGCUGAACGAAAGAAGGAGCAACUAAACCCUAUAUCGUACGAGACAUUUGAGGUCAUGGACCGCUUGGAGAAGGAAUGGUUCGACUCUAGUGAAUGCUAUCGUUUUCUGUGA